GUCAAAACAGGACAAAGAGCAGAAAGUCAUGAGAUCGUCAGCAAAGAAAUUUGAGCUGUAAACGUUUAUGAUGUGCACCUUGUGUGUCUUCCUAUAAGUAAUGUUUCCACUUACUUUCAUUUCUAUACGCCAAGAUCUGUUCUGAGAAUUACUUGGUAAUAAGUGCCUUCCUCAGUCGCACUAGUGCAGUAAGAAAGAUCGCUGGAGUCUGAAUUCAGUCAUGGAGAAACAAGUGCAUUUUGUGAAUAUUGGACUAGAUGGCAGCCAUGUUUGUUACAAGAUGGACUACCCUGAAAAGAGCCAUUGUUUAAUUCUUAACAUGGAGUACUUUGACAUCCACGGUUUUCAAAGACGUGAAGGCACCCAGAAAGACAAAAACACCCUAAAGGAAACUUUUAACAAACUAGGAUUUCAAGUACGAAUCGAAGAGAAUUUAACCCACAAAGAAAUAGGCACGGUUUUGCAGGAAGUUGCUGUUGAUGACCACAGUCACAGAAGUUGCUUUGUGUGUGCCAUAUUGAGCCACGGUACUGAAGAUGGCAUUUUUGCGCGAGAUAAUAUUUUUACACUCAACUGGUUGGUUAGCUUUUUCAGCAAAAGUAAUUGCAAGAGCCUUGCUGGCAAACCAAAGCUAUUUUUUAUCCAGGCUUGCAGAGGCGACGAAUAUGAUUUUGGAACUGAAAUUGAUGGGACAUUAGACAGUGUCCAGAGUUUAGCUCCACACACUCUAAAAGAGAAAGAUAUGUUAUAUGCAUAUUCCACACCACCAGGUUAUUUUGCAUGGAGAAACAAUAUUAAAGGCUCCUGGUUUAUCCAAUCUCUGUGUAAGAUGUUACAAGACCAUGAAAACAAACUAGAAUUAAUGCAGAUUCUAACCCGUGUGAACCGCAUGGUGGCAUUAGAAUAUGAGUCCAGGAUCGGUGGGAAGGAGAUCCCUUGCAUUGUCUCGAUGUUAACAAAAGAAUUGUAUCUAUGACCUCCUUAUUUAAAUCAAUACUACUACUUAACACAGACUACUACUACCUCUGUGUAGACAGAAGCAACAUGCUUUCAUUGUAUCUGUACCACAAAGUUGAGGGUUUGUGUAUACAGUAAUAAAUCUUUGAGGUACUGGUGAAAAAGGUUUCAGCACGUUAAAGGUGUUCUCCAGAAAUGAUUUAAAAUGGCCGCAAGCAGAGCUGCAUAGGGAGGUGAGGGGACAGUGAUUCAGUACACUAUGCUCCAGCACCUGCAUAUAUUCCACAUAGGAUAGCUGUAUUACUAUCUAUAGUAGUGUAGGAACUUUGCUGUACAAUAGAUGGUAAUGAAGCCAUCUUGUGUGCAAUAUGCAUCUUGGCCAAGCAGCUUGAGAAGAACGGGGAGCAAAGACGCAAUCAUGACCAUAUUUUCUUUAUGAGGUGUACCUCCAAACUGACAUCGGCAUUGAGAGAUACUACUGU